CUAUGCCACAAUGCCUAUAAAUGGCAACAAAGCCCUCAAGCUUCAGUUUGGGCUGAUUAAUUAUGAAAAUCGCUACCUGACAGCAGAGGCUUUUGGAUUCAAAGUGAAUGCUUCAGCUCCAAGUCUCAAGAAGAAGCAGAUCUGGAUCCUCGAGCAAGAUGAGAUUGACGGCCAAGUGGUGUACUUCCAGAGCCACCUCGGCCGCUACCUGGCUUCUGACAAAGAUGGCAAGGUGAGCUGUGAAGCUGAGACACGGGAGAGUGCAUGCAGGUUCAUAAUUGUAGCGCAAUCAGAUGGUCGCUGGGCCUUGCAGUCUGAGCCACACCUGCGCUUCUUUGGAGGGUCGAAAGACCACCUGUCUUGCUUUGCUCAGACCAUUGGUGAGACAGAACUCUGGACUAUGCACCUUGCUCUUCACCCACAAGCCAACUUGCUAAGCGUAGCUCGCAAGCGUUAUGCUCAUCUGUCUGCACCUGACAGUGAAAUAGCUGUGGACAGCAACAUUCCAUGGGGUGUUGAUGCUCUUUUAACUCUGGUUUAUGUGGAUGGCAAGUACUGCCUAAAGACCAGUGAUAGCCGUUUCUUAAGCAAUGAUGGGAAACUGUUGUGUGAAAAUGGCCGUGGAACUGUAUACACAUUGGAGCUGAAAUCGGGCAAGUUAGCCUUUAAAGACUGUGAUGGAAAAUACUUAAGUCCAGUGGGACCAACAGGUACCUUACGCUCAGGACGCUGCUCCAAACCAGGCAAGGAUGAGAUGUUUGACCUAGAGGAGAGUCAUCCACAGGUGGUGUUUCAAGCUGCCAAUAACAGAUUUGUCUCCAUUCGACAAGGUGUGAACAUUUCAGCAAAUCAGGAUGAUGAAACAGACAUGGAGACUUUUCAAAUGGAGAUUGAUAAAGAAAGCAAAAAGUACAAGUUCAGGACAAAUGAAGGCAACUACUGGACACUCGUAGCUCACGGAGGAAUUCAAUCCACAGCCAAAGAAGUAAGUGCCAACACCAUGUUUGAUAUUGUGUGGCUUGGACAACGUGUGGCACUACAAGCUAGCAAUGGAAAAUAUGUGUGCACCAAGAAAAAUGGACAACUUGCUGCAGUUUGCGACUCCAUAGGUGAUGAUGAACAGUUCAUUCUGAAGCUGAUCAAUAGGCCCAUCCUAAUUCUCCGGGGCGAGAACGGAUAUGUGUGCCAUCACAAAAACUCUAACACACUAGAUGCAAACCGCUCGGUUUAUGACAUAUUCACAUUACAAUUCAGUGAUGGGGCAUACCAAAUUAAAGGUGCAGGAGGGCGCUUCUGGUAUGUAUCCAGCACUGGAUUGGUGUGUUCAGAUGGAGACACACCUGAAGACUUCUGCUUUGAGUUCUUAGAGCAUGGCCGCAUUGGAAUAAAGGGCAAAAACGGCAAAUACCUGCGUGGAGACCAGGGAGGCACACUGAAAUGUGAAGGAGAAACUGCAGACAGCUCAUCUCUCUGGGAAUAUUGACACCUAGUGGUCAUUUUAAGGACGUUAAUAUACACAUCCUGUUUCUCCAAAAGGGGGCAUGGCAUUUUUUGAACAUGAAUUGUUGGUCUAAAACAGAUAUUUCAUCUGUAUAUUAGCAUAUGCUGAUACUUUCUUAAAUAUCUAAAUGUUAAUCUCCCAUAUUUUAAACAUGAUAAAUAGUAAACCAAAGACUUCUAACCUAAAAAAAAAAAAAGCUUUUAAUAUGUUAAUGUUUCUAAAACAUAAAGUGUUUUGUAGCUUAAUGUAGCCUUCCCUACAUUUGCACAAUGCAUUUUGUUGAUUUUCAGCACUCUCCAAUAAAUAUUUUUCCCAAAA